CUUAACUUCCUGUUAUAUGAAAAUGUUUAUUGUGAAAAUGGCUUAAUUCUUCGUGUGAUUCCUCCUAGAUCUAUAUCAUGUCAGACACAGUAGCAAUCUGUGAAAGUGUAAAUAGGGAUAAAACAACACGCUGGCAAACAUGUUUCCAAAGUAUAGAUCUAGUUUGAUUAUCAGAUAGGUAAUGUUAUUGAUUGAAGUCUAGAUUAGAUCAUGUUCAGUGUAUAAUAUGCUUGUCAGAGGACAGUCCUUUUACAAACAAACAUGUAUAUCUGUAUUCUUUGGAGGAGUUCUUGUGAUUUCAAUAAGCUCCAACUUUCUAAACACCCACAGUGAUUCCAAGAAGACCGUCUGCAGAUCGUACGCCAGCGAGCUCAACGAGCUGAGCGUCAGAAAGGAAGAGGUUCGAACCCUGAAAAGCGUCGUCUCUUUCCUCACCGAGCCGACCAUCAACGAGCAUAAUUUCAGCUUCAUCCACAACCCCAAAGACACGUGCUCCAACUCGACGAAUGUCCUGUACGUGGUCCCCUCGGCUCCGACGAACUUUUGGCGCAGGAGCAAGGUGAGGCAAGGCUUCCUCGGGACACACGUAGGGAACUCGAACGGGAACGCGAAGCUGCUGUUCUUCCUUGGGAAAUCGACGGACGAAGCGCUAGACGCCGAGACCCAGGCCAGCGUGGUGGACGAAUUCGUCAAGCACAACGACAUCGUCCAAGAAGCCUUCGAAGACAGCCGGAGGAACUACCGCCUCAAGGCCGUGUCCAUGCUGAAGUGGCCCGCUUACUUCUGCCGGGAGGCCAAGUAUGUCGUGCGGCUGGAUGACGACAUUGAGUUCAACAUUGAAAGACUUUUUGCCGCACUUAAGGAGGCCAGUGCCCUGUACGCACACUUCGUACUGGGGCACCGCAAGGACAACGGCUCCCCGGUGCGGGCUCCCUCCGAUAGGAUGUACAUCUCCAGGGAGGAAUACCCAGACAGACAUUUCCCAAUAUACAUCCACGGUCGUAUCCAGGCCUACCCAAUGGCCACUGUACGGCUGUUGUACCAGGCUUCUCUCAGGGUCAAACCCAUUUGGUUGGAAGACGUAUUCAUCACAGGCCUCUGUGCACUCAAGGUGGACGUAGCCCUGGUGAAUCUCACAGGAGACGAGUUCAAACACUUAGAAUAGUCUUGCAAACUCACCAACUUGUACAGCACCAUAUUUCUUUUAUUACACUAUUUCCCAACGCUU